CUACUACAGUACUACUACUACCACCACCGAGUCCGCGACUAAUACCGAUACACGGACACUGUACGAAACUCGUGCGCGCCAUCCACACACGGGUUCGUCGCGUAAGGUCCGCCGCGCACCGCAACGGUAUAAUAAUAUUAUAUAAGAUCAGUUGUUAUUGUCAUUACGAUGUUACGAGUUUUAAAAGAUUUUUGAAUUUUCAUCCGGCCCACGCACAACAUUUCGUAGGUACUGUUGGUAAAUAUCGCGUAAACACCGUAAACAGUCUAACGUUUUCCGUAAGUCUUCGCCGUCGGUUGUAUACGCGAUUACACAUCAUAAUCAUAUCGCUCAGCGGCGCACACGACGAGACAUGGGUGCCGUUGAUUGCUGCUGGGAAUAUUCCUACGGAAACUGAUCGAAUUCCCACUGACCGGAUGACUGGGUUUGCAGUUUGAAAGCUCACCAACAACGCUGCUCCAUGUCGGCGGUCUGUUACGAGGGUGGAGUCGGCGGUAGAUCCCGAGCUGGGCUUAGGCUCAGCCUGAACAGGAGUAUCAGUGAGCCGGGCCCAGCAACACCGUCGAUCACUGUCACUACGCCUACGACCUCAAAACGAUUUCGAUUGGAAUCGAUACCUAGUCUACCGGUUAGUUUACCCGCUAGCCCCAAUUCUGAUGGUACAAAUUUAAGCGGUGCUCUAAUACUUAACAAGGUAAAACGAAUGAGCAGCGAUUAUUUUAGACAAAAAAUGGAACUUUUUGGCCCGGCGGUCUUAGCUAUUGACUGUCGGUCUUUCGUGUGCUACAACGUCAGCCAUGUCAGAGGUGCUGUGAACGUAAACGUCGCUGACCGGAUUAACAGACGGAGAUUGCAAACGGGAAAAGCAACUUUGGUGGAGUUGGCGUCUUCCAGGGAUGCCAAAGACGCUCUUAGGAGACGUGGUUACAGAGAAAUUGUGGUGUAUGACGAUUCGACUACAGAUUUAGACAGAGUGCCCCAUAACCAUCCUCUGAUGCUAAUCCUUGCUUCGUUAGUAGAUGAUGAAAGACAACCAUCGUUUCUUAUCGGUGGCCACAAAGAAUUCCAUUCCCGGCACAAGGACAUGUGCGAGAACUCCCUGUUGCCGGCGCCGCUGAGCGCCAGCUGCCCUCCAGAUGUGGACCGCGAGUCUAUGGACACCCACCCUCUGACCAAGGUGCUGCCGUUCUUGUACCUCGGUAACAGCAAGGAUGCUGACGACCGGGAUAGUAUGACCGCCAUCGGGGUGACACGUGUGUUGAACGUGACUACAAGCCAGCAAUCACCAUCCCCGACUAUGGACCACCGCGCUCCCGGCGUCGUGUACAAGCGACUUUCCGUCUUAGAUAACGGGCAUGCUAAUCUUAAACAGUACUUCGAAGAAGCUUUUGAAUUCAUCGAAGGCGCCCGGAAGUCCGGCGGAAGCGUUCUGAUACACUGCCAGGCCGGCAUAUCCCGGUCGCCGACCAUAGCCAUCGCGUACGUGAUGCGCCACCGGAAUACGUCCAUGGUGGACGCAUACAAGAUGGUCAAAGCAGCCCGACCGAUCAUAUCGCCCAACCUCAACUUUAUGGGCCAGCUGUUGGAGCUCGAGCAGAGCUUGCAGCAGUACGAACAGCAACACCAACAGCAGCAACAGCAACAGCAGCAGCAGCAGCAGCAACAGCAACCGCGUUGCGGUCAGUCUUGGGUCACCGGCCAAACAGCCGCAGACGAACUGUCGCCCGGGUGUAGCACAUAAAAAAAAAAAAGAAGAAAAAAGGCCGCCGCGCCCGAUGACUGUACGCACGCACACACGUGUUCACGUUUACGGGUUUUCGUGUGUGUGCUUGCGCGCGCGCGUGCGUUGGACAGAGACAAGGUACCAUGUCCCCGCUUCGGGCAUGUCAAGAUAAUAUUAUAAUAUUGGUAUAUGUAUAAUACAUAUAUACGUAUUUAAGUAUCUGUAUAUUAUUUGUUUGUGUCAAUAUUGCGUUCGAGAUAUUCCAACCUAUAUAAUGUGUUCCUAAUAAUUAGUUUUUCCAUUCUCGCGCAAACGUUUGUAAAAAAAAAAAAGUAAAAAAUAUUUAUAUAUAUAUAUUAAAUAAAUGAUUAAAAAAGAAAUGAUAGUGAUAAUAUAAAAGCACCUAUAUCUCUGUAUCUAUGUGUAUAUAUAAACUUGCGUACGUAUCCGUUUAAGAAUGUGAAAGUAUAUAUAUAUAUAUAAAUAUAUGUUCGUAUAUUAUAACGUU